CUUAAAAAUGUCUGAAAUAGAAGAGCUCUAAUAAGAUUUAGCAGAAGUUUAAUAGGUUUUAGGAACAAUUAAACGUAAAGGCAAUAUAGAUUAUUUAAAUAAUAGAGUUAAAUAUUUAGAAAACUCUAUUAAAAUACUUACUCCAUAAAAGGUUGUGGAGCCUGAAAAAUAACAAGAAUAACAAUCAAAAGAUUAAGAUAUUCUUUUAUAUUAAGGAAUAACUAAAUAUGCUUGGGACUAAGAGGGGAAUAAGAUAAAAAUAAUUAUAAGCCUUGAAGGAAUAGGAUAAUUACCAAAAGAGAAUAUAAUUAGUUCUUUUUCAAUCAAUAGUGUUGAUGUUAAGAUUUAAAACUAUAAAGGAAUUAAUUAAAGGUAUACAUCCUAUAUGAAGUUAGAUUUGGUAUUAAAAAGACUUUUGAUGAUUUGAAAGAUCGAGAAUGUUCUGUUAAAACAACUAAUAAUUCUUUAAUCAUUAAUUUGAUAAAAAAGGAGAACAAGCAUUGGGAUUAAUUGGCAUUUAAAGAAAAAUUAGUAAGAAUUUUAACUAAUCAUAGAUCAACACUGAUACAUCAAAAGUAGACAAGGAUGACCCUUAAGCUUCUUUAAUGAACAUGAUGAAAGAGAUGUAUCAAAAUGGAGAUGAUGAUAUGAAAAGAACAAUUGCUUAGGCUUGGACAAAAUCUUAAUCAGAAAAAGGGUUUAAAUGAGAA